UGUGCACGCAAAUCUUAAGCACUUAGGAUCGUCACGGUAAUUGAUAUGAAUGAUGAUGUAGUGCAAGAGAUAGUCAUUCUUUGUUAAGAUUCCUGUACGAUACAAUACUCUAUUUUCUGUUUCUGUUCAAGCAGAUUGCGCGUAUGUAGACAGCAUAAAUAUUUUAAUUAACAAAAGCGCUAUCUCCUAGUGUAAGUAAACUACUUAAUUUUACAAAAACAAAAAGGAAAAAGGUGUUGGUAGAUGACACAUCAGUCUAGAGUUUUUCAGAAUGUUUAAGGAAUUUACCAAACUUCGUACAUUUGAUGUUAAAUUUAUUUCUACUAACUACGCUAAAAGAAACUCAGAGGCGGCGGGUAUAACUAAGAAAAGCGACUACUACAAAAAUCUAGGAGAUGCAGAAGAAAAUAUUGAUGGGAAACCACGAGAAUGGAAUGAUGCUCUACCUUAUGAGUCCAUACCAGGACCUAAGCCCCUUCCUCUUAUUGGAAAUAUAUUCCGAUUCUUACCUUUCAUAGGAGAAUACUACAAUCUGCCUAUUAGAGAAAUGUAUGAAUCAUUUAAAACAAAGUAUGGCAAUGUAGUAAGUCUUACAGGAGUUGGAAGACCUCCUAUUAUAUUCCUCUUCGAUGUGCAAGAUAUGGAGAAACAUCUUAGAGGUGCAGGGGCAUUUCCUAUCAGAAGAGGACUAGGCUCAUUGACACAUUAUCGUACUGUAACAAGAAGGGAUGUCUUUAAAGAUGUUCCAGGGCUUAUGUCUGUUCAAGGAAUAGAAUGGUUUAAAAUUAGAUCAGUGGUGAACCCGGUUUUGAUGCAGCCUAAAGCAGCGCAACAAUAUAUAGGAAGUAUGGAUAAAGUCGCAAAUGAACUUAUCGAAAAUAUUCGUUUUUUCUCCAAACAAAAUGAAAAUAGUGAAAUGCCAGAGGAUUUUCAGAACGAGUUGUAUAAGUGGGCAUUGGAAUCAAUUGGAGUUAUAGCACUUAACAAACAUUUGGGUUGCUUAGAUUUGAAUGCAUCCAAAGACUCUGAGCCUCAAAAAUUAAUAUCUAGUGUAAAUGAAAUGUUUCUGCUAAUGUACAAAUUAGAUAUUCUACCGUCAAUAUGGAAAUACAUUGAAACUCCAUCAUGGAAGCGAUUUGUAAAAGUUUUAGACUUUAUAACUGAAACAUUAUCGAAACAUAUAGACGAAGUUUUCACUAAGACUAUUUCUGAUGAUGUACCGGAGGAUCAACUAAAUAUUCUUCAAAAACUAACAAAACAAGAUAGACAUAUUGCUUUUGUUAUGGUCAUGGACAUGUUAACGGCUGGAAUUGACACGACUGGAAAAACUAUGGCUGCAGCUUUAUAUUUCCUGGCGAAAAAUCCAGACAAACAACAAUGCCUACGAGAGGAAGUAUAUAAUAACCUUCCCGAAAAAAAUUCAUCCGUCACCAAAGAGAUUUUGAAUAAUUCCCCUUACCUUAAGGCGGUAAUAAAAGAGACAACUAGGAUAGCUCCAAUCGCCGUAGGAAAUGUAAGGACGACCAUAAAGGAUUCGGUGUUAGGAGGAUAUAAAAUACCUAAGGGAACAGAACUUAUUAGUAUGCACAUAGUUACUGCAAAUUCAAAGCAUUUUAAAGACCAUGAGAAAUUUAUGCCAGAGCGAUGGCUUCGGACGGAGGACAGUGACUACUCUUACAAAAACGUCCAUCCCUUUGCAUACCAGCCUUUUGGUUUCGGUCCAAGAUCAUGUAUCGGCAAACGGUUCGCCAACUUAGAACUAGAAAUUGGAAUAUCAAAGAUUAUAAGAAAUUUUGAAUUGUCCUGGGCUCAUGAUGACAUGGUGUUCUCUGGAAAUUUCUUAUAUGGCGUCGAACGUCCACUAAAAAUAAGGGUUAAAGAACUUUAAAAAGUCGUACAAAGUAAAUAUAAAUUGUAUAAUAUUGGCAUAACAGAAAUAGCACAUAAGGAAAUUUAGUUAUACAAACUGAUCAUGUUUAAUAUUGUAUUUUAUUUUGACAGAAAAUUAUGUUACGUCGUUACAAUAUUUAAUUAUUUGACUUUUGUUUUUCAAGAAAUCUAGUGUAUUAACAAAUUCAAAUAGGUUUUCUACAGCUUUUACUCAAUUUUCAUUCAAUAUAUAUUUUUAUAAUAAACACUGACGAAUAUUUAUAAA